UAAGCAGUAGCUUCUUUCUAUCCUACGAAAUCAAAUCCGAGCAUCGUCCGGGCUCCGCUCGACUUCCCUGUCGCAAAAGCACAGGGAGAGAUCUACUCCAGUUGCUUGCUUCUCAAUUUCCAGAUCUCUACUCGUGAAUUCUCCCUUUUAUUCAAAGCAAGAAUAGAAAUGGCUGCGGGGGGUUUUGUGAACCGAGCAUUUGAGUCAAUGCUAAAGGAAUGCUCGGGCAAGAAGUACCCCGAUCUUCAAAAGGCUAUUCAAACUUAUAUUGAUAUCACCAAAGUAUCAAAUCAGCAAUCUAAACCGGGCAAGACUAAUCAAGCAGCACCAUUGGCUGGAACUGAGGGUUUGCUUGAAGGGGCAGCAAAAACUGGAAAGCAAUCAGAUCAGCUAAAAAAUACUUCUGAUGAGGCACCUGAUGGAAAGCCAGUGGGCCAUAGUGGAAAUAUCACUGUUGCAUUAGCAAAUGCUGGGUGCACGUUAGAUGAAGCUGAAGUAGAGAUUGUUUUGAAUCCAUUCCGUCUUGCAUUUGAGACAAAGAAUUUAAAAAUCAUUGAACCCGCUUUGGAUUGUCUUCAUAAACUCAUUGCUUAUGAUCACUUAGAGGGAGAUCCUGGUUUAGAAGGUGGUAAAAAUGUCUCACUGUUCACUGACAUUCUGAACAUGAUUUGCAGUUGUGUUGAUAAUUCAUCACCUGACAGUACAAUUUUGCAAGUGUUAAAGGUACUUCUGACAGCAGUAGCAUCUGCAAAAUUUAGAGUACAUGGGGAACCUUUGCUAGGAGUAAUCAGAGUAUGCUACAAUAUUGUCUUGCACAGCAAGAGCCCCAUAAAUCAAGCAACAUCAAAGGCAAUGUUAACGCAGAUGAUCAGCAUUGUAUUCCGGAAAAUGGAAACUGAUCCUCAAACUCAGGUUUCUACUUCAUCUAGUUCUGCUGUAAAUGUAGAAGCCACUUCAGAGGAGAAAUCAAAUGCAAAAGUUGAAGAAACUCUGACUAUGGACCAAAAUGAGGAAGGAAUGACUUUGGGAGACGCUCAUGACAAGAUGAAAGAGACAUCGCUUGCAUCUGUUGAGGAACUCCUAAAUCUUGCUGGUGCUGCUGAUAUCAAGGGCUUGGAGGCUGUUCUUGACAAAGCCGUGCAAAUUGAAGAUGGUAAAACAAUAACAAGGGGGAUUGACCUGGAGAGCAUGAGCAUUGGAAAACGAGAUGCUUUACUGCUAUUCCGCACCCUAUGUAAGAUGGGUAUGAAGGAAGAUACUGAUGAAGUAACAACCAAGACAAGGAUUUUGUCUUUAGAGCUUCUGCAGGGAUUGUUGGAAGGAGUUAGCGAUCCGUUUACAAAGAACUAUCAUUUUAUUGACUCUGUAAAAGCAUAUCUUUCAUAUGCUUUGUUGCGGGCUUCAGUUUCACACUCACCUAUCUUAUUUCAGUACGCAACUGGAAUAUUCUCAAUACUUAUUUUACGAUUCAGGGAAAGUCUCAAAGGUGAAGUUGGUGUAUUCUUUCCAUUGAUAGUUCUACGAUCGCUGGAUGGCUCACAAUGUCCAAUUAAUCAAAAAAUGAGUGUUCUUCGGAUGCUUGAGAAAGUUUGCAAAGAUCCUCAAAUGCUUGUUGAUGUAUAUGUCAACUAUGACUGUGAUUUGAAGGCACCAAACUUGUUUGAACGCAUGGUAACCACACUGUCUAAAAUAGCUCAGGGGACUCAAAGUGCAGAUCCAAAUGCUGUUUCAUCCCAGGCUACGUCAAUUAGAGGUUCAUCACUUCAGUGUCUAGUUAAUGUCCUUAGAUCACUUGUUGAUUGGGAGAAGUUAUGUAGAGAAUUUGGAAAAAAGAUUAAAAGAGUUCAGUCUCUUGAAGAAGAGGUUUCACCUGGAGAAUUUGUUGAAAUAAAGAUCAGAGAAGAUGUGUCCAAUAACUUUGAAAAGGCAAAGGCUCACAAAUCCACAAUGGAAGCUGCUAUAGGAGAGUUCAACCGGAAGCCAGUUAAGGGUGUAGAAUAUUUGAUUUCAAAUAAGCUGGUGGAAAAUAAUCCUACUUCAGUUGCUCAGUUUCUAAGAAAUACUCCCAAUCUGGACAAGGCAAUGAUUGGUGAUUAUUUGGGUCAACAUGAGGAAUUUCCCCUUGCUGUAAUGCAUGCUUAUGUUGAUUCCAUGAAGUUUUCAGGAAUGAAAUUUGAUAUGGCAAUCCGAGAAUUUCUUAAAGGAUUUCGACUUCCUGGAGAAGCUCAAAAGAUUGAUCGCAUUAUGGAAAAAUUUGCAGAAAGAUAUUGUGCAGAUAAUCCUCGGCUUUUUAAAAAUGCAGAUACUGCAUAUGUUCUUGCAUAUGCUGUCAUAAUGUUGAAUACUGAUGCACAUAAUCCAAUGGUGUGGCCUAAAAUGGCCAAGUCGGAUUUUAUACGUAUGAAUGCCAUGAGUGAUGCUGAAGAUUGUGCGCCAACAGAUCUUCUGGAAGAGAUCUAUGACUCCAUUGUUAAAGAAGAGAUAAAAAUGAAAGAUGAUGUGGCUGAUAUUGGGAAAAGCAUGCAAAAGCCAGAGAGUGAGGAGAGAGGCCGCCUCGUCAAUAUUCUAAAUCUGGCUCUCCCCAAAAGAAAGUCAUCAACUGAUGCUAAGUCUGAGAGUGAAGCUAUAAUUAAGCAAACACAGGCAAUAUUCCGGAAGCAAGGAGGAAGAAGAGGAAUUUUUCACACCGUGCAACAGAUUGAAAUUGUAAGGCCUAUGGUAGAAGCUGUAGGAUGGCCACUACUUGCCACUUUCUCUGUGACCAUGGAGGAAGGCGAUAAUAAGCCAACGGUUAUUCUCUGCAUGGAGGGAUUUAAAGCUGGAAUACACAUUACUCAUGUUCUAGGAAUGGAUACCAUGCGUUAUGCAUUCUUAACAUCUUUGGUCCGAUUUACUUUCUUGCAUGCCCCGAAGGAAAUGCGCACUAAAAAUAUAGAAGCAUUGCGGACUCUAUUUUCACUAUGUGAUUCAGAAACUGAUUCCCUUCAAGACACAUGGAAUGCAGUUUUGGAAUGUGUUUCUCGGCUUGAAUUCAUUACUUCAACUCCUGCUAUUGCUGCAACCAUUAUGCAUGGAUCAAAUCAGAUUUCCAGGGAUGCCGUUCUUCAAUCCCUAAGAGAGCUGGCUGGGAAACCUGCUGAACAAGUUUUUGUCAAUAGUGUUAAAUUGCCUAGUGAUUCUGUUGUGGAAUUCUUCACUGCUCUCUGUGGUGUGUCAGCUGAAGAAUUAAAACAAACUCCCGCUCGAGUAUUCAGUUUGCAGAAGCUUGUUGAGAUCAGCUAUUACAAUAUGGCUCGUAUACGAAUGGUCUGGGCUAGAAUAUGGUCUGUCCUUGCAAAUCAUUUUAUUUCUGCUGGGUGCCAUCGCGAGGAGAAAAUUGCAAUGUAUGCCAUUGAUUCCCUAAGGCAGCUUGGCAUGAAGUAUUUGGAGCGUGCUGAACUCACCAAUUUCACCUUCCAGAAUGACAUUCUCAAACCAUUUGUUGUUCUUAUGCGGAACAGUCGAAGUGAUUCGAUAAGGAGACUAAUUGUUGACUGUAUUGUUCAAAUAAUCAAAUCUAAAGUUGGAAGCAUAAAGUCUGGAUGGCAUAGUGUUUUUAUGAUUUUCACAGCAGCUGCAGAUGACGAAUUGGAAUCAAUUGUGGAAAGUGCCUUCGAAAAUGUGGAACAGGUUAUCUUGGAACACUUUGAUCAGGUUGUUGGAGAUUGUUUUAUGGACUGUGUCAACUGUCUUAUAAGUUUUGCAAAUAACAAAACUUCUCACCGAAUAAGUUUGAAGGCUAUUGCACUUCUCCGCAUUUGUGAGGAUCGUUUGGCAGAGGGCCUUUUACCCGGUGGAACUCUGAAGCCCAUGGAGGAUAAUGUUGAUGCAAAUUUUGAUGUGACUGAGUACUAUUGGUUCCCAAUGCUAGCUGGUUUAUCAGUUUUGACAUCAGAUGCAAGACCUGAGGUUAGAAGCUGUGCGCUGGAAGUUUUGUUUGAUUUGCUGAAUGAGAGAGGUAGCAAGUUCUCAUCAUCAUUUUGGGAGAGAAUUUUUCAUCGUGUGUUGUUUCCCAUUUUUGAUCAUGUAAGACAUGCUGGAAAGGAAAGCCUAAUCUCUUCUGAUGAUAAGUGGUUUCGAGAAACCAGUAUUCAUUCACUUCAAUUGUUGUGCAACCUUUUUAACACAUUCUACAAGGAGGUGUACUUCAUGUUGCCUUCACUUCUGAGCUUGCUUCUGGACUGUGCAAAAAAGACAGAUCAGACUGUCGUUUCAAUAUCUUUGGGUGCACUGGUACAUCUGAUUGAAGCUGGAGGUCACCAGUUUAGCGAGAGUGACUGGGACACUUUGUUGAAAAGCAUAAGAGAUGCUUCAUACACAACACAACCGCUUGAGUUGCUUAAUGCUUUGAGUUUGGAGAACCCAAAAAGCUCUUCAGUACUAGUUACAGAUCCAGAGGUCAUCGCUGAUGAUGUUGCAGAUAGCCAUCAGUUUGAUAUCAACGACAAUGGAAAGUCAUCUGUGCUGGCAUCUCCAAGUAAUGCUCAUGUCGUUGGAGGGAAUGCAUUUGUCUUGCCAGAUAACAGACAAGAAACGGGAUUGCAAAGCAAUUUGGAUGGAUCAGAAGGACUUCCCUCACCAUCAGGAAGAUUUCAGAAACCUGCUGAAGCUGCUGGAUUUCAAAGGAGUCAAACCAUAGGUCAAAAAAUAAUGGGAAAUAUGAUGGACAAUCUGUUCAUGAGGAGCCUCACCUCCAAAUCUAAAGCUCGUGCUUCAGAUGCCUCAGCACCCUCAUCUCCAAUCAAGGUUCCUGAUGUUGUGGUGGAGCCUGAUGUCAAAGAUGAGGAAGAAAGUGCUUUGAUGACAACUAUUAGGGGCAAGUGCAUCACUCAAUUAUUACUUCUUGGUGCUAUUGAUAGUAUUCAGAAGAAGUACUGGAGCAAGUUAAAAGCCCCACAAAAGAUUGCUAUAAUGGAAGUUGUAUUAUCCAUGUUAGAGUUUGCUGCUUCAUAUAAUUCAUAUCCAAACCUCAGAAUGCGCAUGCACCACAUUGCUGUUGAUAGGCUGCCUCUAAACCUUCUUCGUCAAGAAUUAACAGGAACUAGCAUAUAUCUGGAUGUAUUGCAAAAAACAACUUCAGAUUCCCUUGCCAACGAUGGGCAAAUUCUGGAAUCUAGUGUUUCUGAAAAUGUUGAUAUUCCUGCGGCGCAAAAUAAUUUAAGUGUCACUGAAGAUGCUACUGGGGAUGAGAAACUUGAAGGAAUAGCAGAAGCAAAAUUAGUUUCUCUCUGUGAACAGGUGCUCAAGGAAGCAUCUGAUCUCCAAUCCUCUGUGGGGGAGACUACUAACAUGGAUGUUCAUCGAGUUCUUGAGUUACGGUCACCAAUCAUUGUCAAGGUGCUUAAAGGCAUGUGCUCUAUGAACAACAAGAUUUUCAGAAGACAUUUAAGAGACUUCUAUCCUUUGCUUACAAAACUCGUGUGCUGUGAUCAGAUGGAAAUUCGUGGAGCACUAGGGGAUCUUUUCACGGUGCAGUUAAAAGCUCUACUGCCAUAGAAGUUUUUUUUCCAUCUCACAGGCUUGUCUUCAGGAAUGACUUUCAGCAAAUCUGCACAUUCCAUUUCUGAUUUUCUUUCGUUUCAGCUAAUUUCUCUGUGCAUUUCUGUGCUGACAUUUCUUUUGCAGAUUAAAUACCUAUUAUGCCAAUUGUUUGUAUAAAAAAAUCUAGAAAGAGGAAAAGGAGAUAUAGGAAUUGUUCUUAAUAUCAAUUUUGUCUGUGAUAUAUGGAAAUUAGUUCCAGGUUACUCUGAAGAAACGAGAAAUGUUAGCAUUGUCUAUACCUAUAAUUUAAGUACACCACGUCCAUCUCCAUGGCCUUUGAUGAUCCGAACUGCAGCUUGUUUUUCAGUUGAAUUCAAUUUAGUUUUUCUUGUAUUUUGAUUCA